GGGCCGCCGACGCCGCCGAACCGGGGGGCUGGGGGCCGGGGUGAGCCCUAAGAUGGCCGCUCCGGCGCGGGCUGUUUCCAGAUGCUUCAAGUGUUGUGAACAGAGAUUUGUUUGGAUUAUGUAUUUCUCAUCUAGACUAAAUAAGUGUUAACAAUGGAUAAGUGCAAACACAUUGGGCAGUUGCAGCUUGCUCAAGACCAUUCCAUACUUAAUCCUCAGAAAUGGCAUUGUGUGGACUGCAAUACAACUGAAUCAAUUUGGGCUUGCCUUAGCUGUUCCCAUGUUGCCUGUGGAAGAUACAUUGAAGAGCAUGCGCUCAAGCACUUUCAAGAUAGCAAACAUCCUGUUGCAUUGGAGGUGAAUGAGAUGUAUGUUUUUUGUUACUUUUGUGAUGAUUAUGUUCUUAAUGAUAAUUCAGCUGGAGACCUGAAAUUACUGCGAAGUACAUUAAGUGCAAUCAAAAGUCAGACUUAUCACUGCAGCACUCGUAGUGGAAGAAAUUUACGGUCUGUGGGUACAAAUGAUGAUUCGUAUUUCUUACAUGAUGAUGCCCAAUUGCUGCUUCAAAACGAAGAUCAAAUGUGUACUGCUCUUUGGCACAGGAGAAAGAUGCUAAUGAGUAAAACCUUUCGUAUUUGGUUUGCACAAUCACCCAUUGGAAGAAAAAGGCAAGAAGAUCAAUUUCAGGGAGAAAUAGCAGCAAAACAAGAAGUGAAGAAAAGACGGCAAGUACCAGAGCAUCAAAUUAAAACAGAAUUGGAAAGUAUGCCUCCACGAAAGAGUUUACGUUUGCAAGGUCUAACUCAGUACACCGCAGUAGAAAUCAUUCCUGUUCAAGGACUGCCUCGAACACCACCAUCACCAGCAAAGGAGAAAGUUGUAUCUACCUCAGAAUUUGUAAGAUUUAGAAAUGUAAGUGACUCCUCAGUUACACGAAGGCCAAUAGUAACUCCUGGGGUAACAGGACUGAGAAAUUUGGGGAAUACUUGCUAUAUGAAUUCUGUUCUCCAAGUUUUGAGUCAUUUACUUAUUUUUCGACAGUGUUUUUUAAAACUUGAUCUGAACCAGUGGCUAGCUGUGACUACUAGUGAUAAGACAAGAGCUUCUUACAAGCAUCCACCAGUCACAGGUACUGUGUUUCAAAUAAAUGAACGCCAAGAAAAACCUGCAGGCUCUGUUCGCUCCAGACACCCAAGUUUGUCAUCAGGAUUAAGUGGUGGAGCAUCAAAAAGUAGGAAUAUGGAACUUAUUCAGUCAAGGGAACCCAGUUCACAAUACAUUUCUCUUUGUCACGAAUUGCAUACAUUGUUUCAAGUCAUGUGGUCUGGAAGGUGGGCCUUGGUCUCACCAUUUGCUAUGCUGCACUCAGUGUGGAGACUGAUCCCUGCCUUUCGGGGUUAUGCCCAACAAGAUGCUCAGGAAUUUCUUUGUGAACUUUUGGACAAAAUUCAACAUGAACUAGAGACAACUGGUACCAGGUUCCCAGCUCUUAUCCCUACUUCUCAAAAGAAACUUAUUAAACAGGUUCUGAAUGUUGUGAAUAACAUAUUUCUUGGACAACUUCUUAGUCAGGUUACAUGUCUUGCAUGUGACAAUAAAUCAAAUACCAUAGAACCUUUCUGGGACCUGUCAUUGGAAUUUCCAGAGAGAUAUCAAUGCAGUGGAAAAGAUACUACUUCUCAGCCAUGUCUGGUUACUGAAAUGUUGGCCAAAUUCACAGAAACUGAAGCUCUAGAAGGAAAAAUCUACAUAUGUGACCAGUGUAACUCAAAGCGUAGAAAGUUUUCCUCAAAACCAGUUGUACUCACAGAGGCCCAGAAACAGCUUAUGAUAUGCCACCUACCUCAAAUUCUCAGACUACACCUCAAACGAUUCAGGUGGUCAGGACGUAAUAACAGAGAGAAGAUUGGUGUUCAUGUUGGCUUUGAGGAAAUCUUAAACAUGGAGCCCUAUUGCUGCAGGGAGUCCCUGAAAUCCCUCCGACCAGAAUGCUUUAUCUAUGACUUAUCUGCUGUAGUAAUGCACCAUGGCAAAGGAUUUGGCUCUGGACACUACACAGCCUACUGCUAUAAUUCUGAAGGAGGGUUCUGGGUACACUGCAAUGAUUCCAAGCUAAGCAUGUGCACUAUGGAUGAAGUCUGCAAGGCCCAAGCUUAUAUCUUGUUUUAUACCCAGCGAGUUACUGAGAACGGACAUGCUAAACUCUUGUAUCCGGAGUUCCUGUCUGGUAGCCAACAUCCCAAGGAAGAAGCUGAUACCUCUGAAAUCUUUAGUUGA